AUGAACCGCCGCCGACGAUUUCUCUGCAUUAUAAUUCUCCUGACCAUUGCCAUCGUCACCGUAUACAACUCGUACGAAACCAUUGGUCGCUUCCUGCGCCUAUUCGUGCCCCAUGCCGGCUACCCCCUCAGUCAGGACCAAGCGCUGGCCCGGUUCAGGGUCCAGAGGCAGCAACCGAAAAACGUGCCGCGCCUCAUCCACCAGGUUCUGCACAACUGGCGGCACGCGGGCAACGAAUCGGCCUUGCUGCUGCCAGAAUGGGAAACGCAGCGCCAGUCAUGCAGGGACAAGAAUCCCGAGUGGGAAUACAAGUUGUGGACGGAAGACAUGUCGCGCGACCUGAUCCGGGAUGAAUAUCCCUGGUUUUUAAAAACAUAUGAUAAUUUCAGAUAUCCUGUUCAAAGGGAACAAACUGUUCGCUAUUUUAUCUUGCGACAAUAUGGCGGUAUUUAUAUUGACCUCGACUUUGGCUGUGUCGACAGUCUCGAAAGCCUACGACCCUACUCCGUCUUCAUAGCCGACCACCGCCGCGGCACCCUCAGCGACAAGGUCCUCGGCGGUAGCCCCCAGCACCCCUUUUGGAUCCGCAUCACCGAGACCAUCCCGCGCCACUCGCACUGGUACCUUGUGCCGUCCCUCACCAUCCUCUACGGCACCGGCCGCUGGUUCCUCACCGCCGCCUGGGACCGCUGGCACUGGGACAACUGCCAGCAGACGCUGUUCCGCCACGGGCCCCGCACCGCCGACUGGCUCACGCGCCUGUCGAUGCCGCGGUGGCGCGGCGCCCCCGAGUGGUCAAUCUUCAGCAGCCACCGCGGGGGACGCGCCGACACCUGGCCCGUGGACCUUUUCGUGCUCGGCCGCCAGCACUGGGUCGUGUCCAUUGUGAGCGGCGUUGUGGGCGCCGCGAUUGGGGUCUACUUGGGCGUCAAGCUGUUCCGGAAGAGAUGCGCGAGGAGACGGAGAGGAGGGUACAGGCCCAUCACGGACGCGGAGAGGAGCUUGUAA